CUGCGUGCACAGAUGGUACAGAGCAGUGGGAUAAGUAGACGAUAUAUAUCAUGUCUCUCACAGGAGCUACGUGCAUUGACGGUAGAGAGCAGCGGGGGAGUAGACGUUAUCUACCACGUGUCCCAUUUUACCUGGGCUACCCCGGGUUUCAACUUCACCCUGGAGUACUCCUUCUUCCCAGCCACCAUCUGCGGACCCACCUACUACAAGACGUUGGCAGGUGAGGUGGGACCCCGGGGAUACACGGCUCCUACCACUACCUAUCUCUACGUCACCUGUAACUGGGUCAUCAACAGCCAGCCGGCCGCUGCCCUCGCCAUUACAGUUACCCCGCCUAAACAUGUUAAUCGUCUCAUACCAGAGACUUUGAAGUCUAUAGAAAAGCAAGAAUAUAACUGA